GUCAUUUUCUGUCAAUAAGAUGCACUCGGUGGUUUCCGAAGAGCACUUUCUUGUCGAUAAUUGACCGUGCGUAGGCGCCGGUAGAACUGCCAGUCUUUUAUCUAUGAAUCUUGGCUUGCAGGGCGCAAGUUGCACAAGGUGGAUGGUUCAUUUUCCAGUUCGUUUUCUUCCCUCUUUCUUGUAAUUUUAAAAUUACUGAAUUACUGUUUAGUAGACAAGACCUGCUUGUUAGGCUCAGACCUGAAACUGGAUCUGUGUUUUGCCACCACCAGAUUGCUCCCACCAUAGCACCAGCGCAUCAGUGGCUCUUUCAGUUUCGAUUUCCAUUAUCAACUACGGUCUCCUUCCAUCAAUCACAUCACAAGUUGCUGUGCACUGUUAUUGCACCUAGCAAGAGUCCUUAAGAUCGACCAAGUAUCACGGUUGCUGUUUACUAUUCUCUGGACAAUCAAGUCUCCUGCAUGAACAGGUAGUUUUUAUUCCAUAAAAGGUAUACUCCUCUUUUUGUCAAGACGAGACCAGUUCAGCUCCAUUAUUGAGACUUGCUAGAUAUCAGUCGUUAUCAGCACAGGCUGCUACUGCGGGUUUUACCACAGAACAACACUACAUUUUCACUGCCUUGUCAGCAAGCAAUGAACUUGGAACAACAAGCAUCUACUGCGCCUGUAGCAUCAGUUGCCGAACUCCCGCCCAUUGAAUACUUGAAUUUCAGCAGCAGCAUUAUGCCACCCACAGCAUCCGUGUCGGAUCGUCACAACAAUGUCGACGACAACAACCACGACCGUCGCAGAUCAAAUCCAUUUCGACAUAGUACAGGCACCAUGGAUACCUCCAUCGGCAGUAGCUACAACAACCAUAACACUAUGGAGAUGUCCAUCUCGGACCUCAAGCAGCGACGACGAUCCAAAUUUCUGGAAGAUUCCUCCAACAUGACGGCCACCACCGUCAACUCUUCCUACAAUAACCAAUCCAGCUCCCUUUUUGGCGGGUCCUUUUCACAUCAUCAACUUCAUCGAGCAUCCAAUAGUACCAUGGAUGAUGAUACGAGUGACUGUUCUUCUCUCAAGCAACGACCAAGGGCGUAUUCCUCUGUCUCAUUCACCGAUUCAUUGUUGGAUGAUUCGUCAGGGAUAUCCCUGGGCAGCAGUGGGAGGCGGACACGGGAGCUACGAAACCUCAAGGGUAUCCGACGACGACGAUCCGAUCCGGUCACACGUCGAUGGAGGGAACAAUGCUCCAAACUCUACAAGGAACAUGUCCUGGAUUCUUGUCCAGAGCAACAAAUACCCCCACUGACAACACCACAACAGGUUUUGGCAGCCAUCAAAAUACAAUCCUGGUUCCGAAGAAGAGGACAAUGUCAACGACAACGACUGUUGCAGGCAUAGUAAAAAGAAGGAAAAAGACAACAUACCAACAUAGCCAAUGGAUGGAUCGUUGGCUUGACUAAUAACACUACAACAGUGCUGACUAAUAACACCACAACAGUGCUAAAAUAUAGAGGAUUGUUCUAAUCU